AACGUUGUCAAUCAGCUGUGAAAGUGCUAGUCGCCCAGUCCUGUCUAGGUCUUUGCGGUUCCAUGCACAGCCCUCUGCACUUCCAUGCACUGUGGCCCACUGGGCUCCUCUGUCCAUGGGAUUUCCCAGGCAAGAAUACUAGAGUCAGCUGCCAUUUAUUUCUCCAGGGGCUCCUCCCAACCCAGGGAUCAAACCUGGGUCUCCCCCCAUUGCAGGCAGAUUCUUGACUGUCCCAGCCACCAGGGAAGCCCUGUCGUCCAAUAUAAAAUAAGAAGUUUAAAGAAAAAGAGGGCUGUGUCCUCUCUUUUGGCUCAGGGUACAGCAUGAGGAAAGAGGUGGAGCCAGGAGUGGUGUUGGAACAUUUGAUCCCUCCUUAAGCCGGUAGAUGGCAGGGCCUCCUCCUUCUCAAGCAAUCACUGCACUGGAUCCCAGGACACAGUUCUUUGCCUUCUGGAAUGUGGCGGGUCUCCACGUCCCACGCUGCGCCACCCCAUCGGUCUCCAGCCUUGUCAGCUCUACUCCAAAGGGCCCUGCCCACAGGCCAUGUCAUCCUCCACCCGAGUGGCGCUGGUCACCGGGGCCAACAAGUGCCUUGGUUUUGCCAUAGUGCGUGACCUGUGUCGGCGGUUCCCGGGGAAAUUGGUGCUCAUGGCACGGGACGAGGCGCGGGGUCGGGCAGCCACACAGCAGCUGCAGACCAAGGGCCCGAGCCCCCUUUUCCACCAGCUGGACAUCACUGACCUGCAGAGCAUCCGGGCACUGCGAGACUUCCUGCGCAAGGAGUACGGGAGCCUCGACGCACUGGUCAACAACGAGGCCAUCGCCUUCCAGAAGUGGUACACAGGAGGUCAUAUGGGCUUCUUUCACUCAGCCUCCCCUGAUGAUGCCAUCUUAUGUAAGUAUAAAGCAGUAUCAACCACAAAACACCCAUUGGUGCAAUACCGUUCACUAACACCAAACAUUACUAGAGGAAAACAGAGUUCACGGAAAAAAUACUGUAUCAAGUAAGCAUUUUUACCAUAUGGCUUGUGUUUAUUAGCCCUAUUCUUUUUCUAUCCUAAAAGUUGGUGAUCCCACACCAAUUGAAAUUCAGGCAGAAGCGACCAUGUAAACAAACAUCCUUGGUACCCAAGCUGUGUGCACAGAGCUCUGGCCUCUGAUAAAAUGCCGAGGUGAGUCCAAUGGAGCCCAAACUGCAGGGUUUCUGGCAAGAUCUGAGCCCACCUGCAUCUGGUCUCAUCCUUCUCAGCUGCACUGACUUCCACCUGGUGGUCACUCGGCAGGAUGCCCGGUGGCCUCUGGUCCCUCUACACCCUGCCCGAGUCGUUGGUGCUCUCUGUCCAUCUGCACUUUGCACAUUUGGCUCUUUCUUCUCUUUCCCAUCUUAGUUCAAAGGUCUCCUCCAAGAGGCCCUUCACGUGCUCCAUGCCCAUCACAGGGGGUGUCCUCUCAGGAGUCUCUCCCAGACCUUCUCUCUCCCGUGCCCCUCUCAGAGUGACCUGAUUUGGGUUUGUGGUGCUCAUACUACCACAUUCAUUCGACCCCUGAAGACUUUUCUGCUUCUGGCCACCAGAGUGUUUCUUCCUAUGGCACUGACAUGGUGUAUUACCAAUACAGGUUUCUAGA